UCCCCGGCGGGCGGCACGGGCGCAGGCAGGUCUAGUUCAAGCGCCUUCAUACUCCCCGCCACUCCUCGCGGCUCAGUUUAGCCAAGUUUUCCCUUCCACCUUCACCUUCAGCUGGCUAAGGCCACCACUCUCUCCCUGGUCGAGAGAGGGCUGCCCACUUCGGGUCUGGCCAGUGCGGACUGCUAGACACCCCGAGAGGUGUUCUUUUUUUAGUCCCGUUUCGGGAGAGGGGGUGUGGCGGGGAAGGAUGCGAAACCCCGUUCCCCUGCUCUGCCUCUGGAGCGUCCAUUGUUGCUUUGCCGCGGGAAGCCCCACACCCCCCGGUCCGGAGGGACGGCUGCAAGAUGGGCUCUAUAAACCUGGGAACGUACAGGCUGUUGCCAAACCUCCUGUGAGAUUUAACCUCCGCACCUCUGGGGACCCAGAACACGAAGGCUGCUACCUCUCCCUCAGCCACAACCAGUCCCUGGAAGUCUGUGGCUUCAACACGACAGCCAAAACCUUUUUCAUCAUUCAUGGAUGGACGAUGAGCGGCAUGUUUGAAAAUUGGCUCUACAAACUCGUGUCAGCCCUGCAGAUGAGAGAGAAAGAAGCCAACAUUGUGGUGGUUGACUGGCUUCCCCUGGCCCACCAGCUUUACACGGACGCGGUCAAUAACAGUAGGGUGGUGGGACACAGUGUUGCAAGGAUGCUCGAUUGGCUGCAGGAGAAGGAUGAUUUUUCUCUUGGGAAUGUUCACUUGAUUGGCUACAGCCUCGGAGCUCACGUGGCAGGGUUCGCUGGAAACUUUGUGAAAGGCACCGUGGGCAGAAUCACAGGUUUGGAUCCUGCGGGGCCACUGUUUGAAGGGGCGGACAUCCACAGGAGGCUGUCCCCCGACGACGCGGACUUUGUGGAUGUCCUCCACACCUACACACGUUCCUUUGGCUUGAGCAUCGGGAUUCAGAUGCCCGUGGGCCACAUCGACAUCUACCCCAACGGAGGUGACUUCCAGCCAGGCUGUGGACUCAAUGAUGUCUUGGGCUCAAUUGCAUAUGGAACAAUCACAGAAGUGAUGAAAUGUGAGCAUGAGCGGGCCGUACACCUCUUUGUCGACUCCCUGGUGAAUCAGGACAAGCCGAGUUUCGCAUUCCAGUGCACUGACUCAAAUCGCUUCAAAAAGGGGAUCUGUCUCAGCUGCCGGAAGAACCGUUGUAACAGCAUUGGCUACAAUGCCAAGAAAACGAGGAAUAAGAGGAACAGCAAAAUGUACCUCAAAACUCGGGCAGGCAUGCCCUUCAGAGUUUACCAUUAUCAGAUGAAAAUCCACAUCUUCAGCUACAAGAAUGUGGGAGAAAUCGAACCCAACUUUUAUGUCACCCUCUACGGCACCAGUGCAGACUCCCAGAUCCUGCCUUUGGAGAUAGUGGAGCAGAUCGGGCUGAAUGCCACUAACACCUUCCUGGUCUACACUGAGGAGGACCUUGGAGACCUCUUGAAGAUCAAACUCACCUGGGAAGGGGCAGCUCAGUCCUGGUACAACCUGUGGAAGGAGCUUCGCAGCUACCUGUCCCAGCCCCGCAGCUCUGAGCGGAAGCUGAGCAUCAGGCGUAUCCGCGUCAAGUCUGGGGAGACGCAGCAGAAGUUGACCUUUUGUGUGGAAGACUUUGACAACACCAGCAUAUCUCCUGGCCAAGAGCUCUGGUUUCACAAGUGUCGAGAUGGCUGGGGAAUGAAAAACGAAACCAGCCCCACUGUGGAGCUUCCCUGAUGGGCAGGCAAGGCCCACCCUCACCCGCCUUCCAGACACGUGGAGGAAAGUUACUGCUGAGGACCCACCUGAUGAAAGGACCCCUCUUGGCCUUGACCCUCGAGCACUGGCAGGAGCCUGUUUGCUGCACCCAGGACCUUACCUCCUAUGACCGUUGGGACUUCUCUCUGGAGGGGACGACACACUGCUGUUCCCGCCACUCUAGAAUAGCUCUAACUCGAGACCUGUGUGCAAAGGGUCAAAUGCCUGGGCCUCCUGGGCACACCGCACUGGUUUCUGGGUGACUGGAUAAGCCUGCGCUUUACCUGACAAGGAGCACUUGUGGAAGCACAUGGAAGACUGUCAGCUGAUCUGACCUGAGUGGUGGGGGAGGGGUCUUUGCCCUGGGAGCUGACUCGCCUCAGGAUGGUAUACUCAAGAUCUCAUUCAGCCAGAGACAGCGGAGCGUAGAUCUGGGGUGGUGGCGAGGCCCUCACUGUUGGGGUUCGGUGGGCUGCAUUGAUCAAUACUCAUUACAUUUCAGACAUUCUGUCCUGCUACCCAGCUUACUCUGUAGAGCACACAUCCUGGGGUUUCUUGGCUCUCCAAUUCCUUAUUUUUUGAUUGGACAAAUGUUUAUUAAGUACUUAAACUUAAUUAGCACAAGGCAGUAGACACAUUAGUAAACCUUUCCAGACUUGGAAUCUAAUGGGGUUGGGAUUUCUAGUCUCCCUUCCAAUUUAGAUGAUCCACGAAUAUACAUGUGGUGAAGGCACAGCGGACAUUGGGAGGGCUACAGGGUGUAAGCGCUGGGGGUCCUAGGCUUUAAGUGGUUUCAGCUACUUCUUGUUAGUUAGCACGCGCACUCCCUGUAAGGGUGACGUGUUUGAUCUCUUGCAUGGAAACAAGCAGAGUGCCACACAUGCUGGGGACAGAACGGUCGCCCAUCACCACAUAGGGUUGCUUCAGAGCAAAAUCUCUUCUGUUUAGGGAGGUAGAUGGCAUCACGUAUCGGUUAUGCAUACAGAAACCAGCACCUGACAAACUGAGCUGGCGCUAAGAUUUAAUAGAUGCCUUUUCCUCUGUGGAAUAUCUUGCUCUAAUACCAGCGCCUUCUCUGUGUUGAACUCAGAAAAGCCUCCAACUUUAGAUCUUGAUACAAUUGAAUAUAUGUGAUAUCUGAGAAACCGUUUUAUACUUUUCAAAAAAUUUGCAUGUGCAGCACUUGACUAGAGACUCAGGAGAGGAGGUGCGCAGGGCAGCUAAUGUCCAUUUUACAACAAGGAGGCUUAAUGAGCUUCUGCCACAUGCCUAGAUUCAUAUCCCAAGUUGGUGGUGGAGCCAGGUGAGGACCCAGAUUUCCUGGAGGCAAAGUCCGUGGUGUGUUCAUUUCUGCAACUUGAUCAAGAUGUCUACGGCCUUUCCACACCAAUGUGCCUCAGAGGUGACAAACAAGGAAUUGGUUUUUGGAGGCAUCCAUUAAAUCAUAAACCAUUAUAUUAAUAUAAAUCAGGAGAAUAAGAAUUUGGGCUUUUUUUGGAUGAGAUUUAUUUGGAACGAGGUGUGGUGUCAAACUGGGGGAGAAGAGUGAUUUUUCUUUGUACGUAAGUUUUUGAAAAGAUGUUGUUUUAAUCUGUGUUGUGCCAAAGUCAUGCCAUUGUUCAAUGCCAAACUUUUGAAGAUGUAACCAGUCAAGCCUUAGUUCAUGGUCUUUCCUUAAAUUGUGUGCUUCUUCUGUUGCUUCUAUGAAUGCUUUCUAGCCAAAGUGGAGCUUGUAUGAUUAACCAUGCAUCCUGAUUACUUCUGCCUUCUGUUUUUCGUAACAGAAGCCUUGGGAAUCAAAUCUUCAGUGGGUCCUGUAUUUAUAUGUUUGGCUCAAAGCCUUAGUUGUAUAUAAUGAUUUUUUUUUUAACACUUAGAACACUAUUUAUUUCUCAAGUGUAUAUAAUGUAUAAAAACAA